AUGGCGAUCGCAAACGGCACGAAAGGAAUAGCAGCAGCGACGGCAGCGACGGCAGCAGCGAAGAAGACGGCGACGGCAAUACCACCCACGCGCUCGGCUCUAAUAGUCGCGGGACCGGGCCGGCUCGAGCUCGCGACGCAACCUACGCCCCGGCCCGGCCCGGGCCAGGUGCUCGUCCGGGCCGCGUGCGUGGCCCUGAAUCCUUCCGACGCCAAGAUGGUGGACGCCGGCGUGCCCAUUGGCUCCGUGGCGGGGCUGGACUUUGCAGGCGUCGUCGUGGCCGUUGGUCCUCCUGGUCCCGAAGAUGGCGCGGAGCCGAACAGGAUGGAGAUUGGAGUCGGCGCGAGGGUCUGUGGCCUAGCGUUCGGGUACAAAAGGGACGGCGGCGGCGGCGGCGUCGUCACGGGCGGGUUCGCGGAUUACGUUUUGGCCGAGGCGCAUCUUUUGAUCCCCGUGCCGGCGGGCAUGAUGCUCGAGGACGCGGCCACGCUGCCGGUCGGGUUGAUCACGGGCGGUAUGGUGCUAUUCCGGGAGCUCGGUCUGACCUCCAGGGAGAGAACGGUGCGCACUGCCGAGCCGGAACAGAGGGAUGACGGUCCUGAAGAGGAUGAGGAUCGCGCGGUGCUGGUUUACGGAGGCAGCACGGCGUCGGGGCUGAUCAUGAUGCAGCUGUUGCGGCACGCCGGCUUCGACCCCAUAGCCGUCUGCUCCCCAAGCAACUUCAAGCUCGCCAAGUCCGCCGGCGCCACCGCCGUCUUUGACUACCACGCCGGGCCCGAGGCCUGCGCGGCCGAGAUCCGCGACCACACUGCCGGCCGGCUGCGCCUGGCAAUCGACUGCAUCACGAGCCCGGACUCGAUGCGCUUGUGCUACGGCGCGCUCAGGCUGCCUUCGGAACAACAGGCAGAGUCUGAGGGUGUUAUUAUGGGCGACUCGCGCUACGUGGCCCUCGACAGCUUCCCCGUCUCCGGUCACACGCGCCGCGCGGUCCGGCCCUCGUGGGUGUUUGCCAUGACGGGCUUCGGCGCGCCCGUCGACUGGACGGGGCCCUAUAGGUGCGAUGCGCGGCCGGACCACCGUGAGUUCGCAGCGCGUUGGAUGCGUGACGAGGCCCCGCGUCUACUGGAGCAAGGCGUCGUCAAGCCCCUGGCUAGGACCAGGGUUUGGGGUAGGUCACUGUUGAACGUGCAAGCUGGGUUGAGGGAGUUGAGCGAGGGGAGGGUUUCAGGGGAGAAGUUCGUUUGUGUUCUGGGUACUUGA